AAACGGUCAUAACUCUUCACCAGUAGACCAUGGGCACGAAUUCUUUUAGGCUUUUUCUUAUCUCAAUAUACUGUUUCGAAUGAGAUGUGAAUGAGUCAAAACGCAGCGCAUCACUUGGGAAUAUUCCCUCGUAAGAUAAGAGAUUCAUAGAUAUACUAAAAUUGAAAUUUUUAGUAUAGAUUUUAUUCAAAUAUACAUAUUUUACAUAUAGACGUUAUGAAAUAUUUUAGGUAUUGUAUAGGUAUAUUUAGCUCAGUAGAGUUCGUCAUCACUCAUUGCAUAUUUGCUUUAUAAAGCAAUACUAGAAAGAAAUUUGUAGUGUUCCAAAAUCUACAACAGGUCAUUCUGUAUUGAUUUUUUUCUCAUCGUUGAACUCUCUUGGACGCCAGUUGAAUGUGCGUAUGGGUGAAUGAGCAUGUUUCAUUCACAUCCAAAAAGACUAAAAGGACUAAAAUAUUGUUACAGUUUUAGAAGGUACAUAAGCAUGAAAGUAAAAUAGGAUAAAUUUGAUUGCUCGUCGGCUUAGGUUUAUUAAUCAACUAGACUUACUGCUAGAUACUUUCAAUUUCUUGUAUCUCAAACAACAAAAAGAUGUGUAAAUUUAACUUUCCUUCGCAUACUUUAUUGGAUUAUUGUUUAUAAUAUCUUUUGGAUGUAUGUUUUGUUUCUGUUACUUCAAAAUAAACAUCGUGCAUCUUUUGAAUUAAGUCUCGAUAGAAAAAUUACGACACAUAAUUUUCAAUUAUCAUUGAUUUUGUAAAUGAAAAUCCAACUUUUUUUUUAUCUACUUGUAUUUUUCUAUUAUGUUUUUUUUUGUUUUUGUUUAAAUAGAUGGCAAACUAGUCUCCAUUGAAACUGAUAAACCAUUUAAGUUCGAUGUCUUUUCAGACAAUGAAGAAAAUCAAAAACGAUAUGAAACAAUUGGUAAAUUAGUUGACAAUGCUGUAUUUGAACUACUUGAGAAAACAUGUCAUUUACAACGUGUUACAGUACCAGUUGAUGCCAAAAAAAGUGAACAUACAAGUUUUAUUUUUACAAGUAAUGAUUUAGCAACUGCUGAUUAUCUUAUGGUGAUUAUUCAUGGAACGGGAGUCGUACGAGCUGGUCAAUGGUCUCGAAAAUUAAUAAUCAAUGAAGGCUUAAAAAUUGGUUCACAAAUGGAAUAUAUUCGACGAGCUCGAGCAGCUGGUUAUGCUGUUAUUGUCACUAAUACGAAUUUGAACAACUUUGAGUCUUCUCGAUUUCUUCGUCGUUCAACAAUAUGUCCUAUUCGUGGUAGUAGUACAGCUGAAGAACAUGGAUGUUAUGUGUGGGAACAUUUUAUCCAUCCAAGCCAUGCUAAACAUAUUUGUAUUAUGGCACAUUCAUAUGGCGGUGCUGUAGUACUCGAAAUGGCUCAUCAUUUUCUAAAAGAAUUUGAUAAAAGAGUUUUUGCUGUAGCAUUAACUGAUUCACCUAUGACAGUCUAUGGACGAAGAGUUAAGAAGAAUGUUUUAAAAAUGCUUAAACAGAGAAUGAUCAAUUGGGUUGUUGAUACAGAAGAAGUAGAUACUGAUUUAGGUGAAAAUGAUUGUUGUCAAAUACGAUCUGCAGGCAUACUUGUUGAUUUUGCUUCUUCAAAUCAAUGUGGUUUAGCACCAGGUUUUCAAUCACUUUACAGUAUUUUACAAGCAACAAAAACAAAAAUGGGUGGUCGAACAUUACGAGCAAAUCUAAUGGAACCUUUGAUUGAUGUUAAUUCUAUUCAUUAUCGACAAGAUGCAGUUGAAAAUUUAAUUGAUGAUGAAAAAUUAAUGUUUCAAGUACAAACAAUACUAUUACAUUUUACUGAUGUUGAACGUAUUAUUCUUGCGUGUAUACAAGAAAAUCCAAGUCGUACAGUAGCAGCUGCUGAAAAACGUAUUACAAUGAUAAAUCAACUUCGACGUAUUCUUGAUAUAUUACCAACACUUCAACAAGCACUUGAACAAUCAACUUCUGAUCUUUUAAAAAAUCUUUGUUCAAUUUUAAGUGAUCAACGUUUUCAAAUUAUACUUGAUAUUCUUAAUUCACAACUGACAACAGAACAAACUGUUUCAAGUAAUGGAUUUCUUGCGGCUAAGAUUCGACGAAUUUUUUCUAUACGAAGUGGUUUUGAUGAACGUCUUGAUAGCCUUCGUGCUGAUGUUAUUGUUGUUAUUGAUGAUGUUGAAUCAUUGGAAAAAGAAUUUUCUGAACGAUUUAAUAUGCCUGUUCGGUAUAAUUUAACUAAUACACGUGGUUUUUCAUUGGAAAUUAUUGGUGAAUUUAAAGGUGUUUUACCAGCUAAUGUUGUAUCAGUAGCUAAAAAACAAAAAUCAACAUUUAUUACAACACUUCAAUUAGCUCAUCUAUCUGAUCGAUUUGAACUUUUAUAUAAUGAUAUAUGUCUUCUAACAGAUCAAAUUAUUUUAAUUCUUCUUGCAAAAAUUCGACCACAUUUUGGUUGUAUGUACAAACUUAUUGAAGCAAUAUCAAUUAUCGAUAUGAUUCAAUCAUUUGCUGAAGUAUCAAAAGCACGUGAUUAUGUUCGACCUAUGUUUGGACUAAAUACAAAAAUAAUCAAAGCACGUCAUCCAGUUAUUGAUUUAUUUGGUCAACAAAAACCAAUUGCAAAUAAUAUUGAAUUAUGUAAAGAAAUGAAUAUUAUUCUUGUUACGGGACCAAAUAUGAGUGGAAAAUCAACAUAUCUACGACAAAUAGCUUUAUUACAAAUAUUAGCUCAAAUUGGUUGUUUUGUACCUGCUGAACAAGCUAGAUUUCGAAUAGUUAAUGAAAUUUUUUCAAAAAUUCGUCAACAUGAUAAUUUAUUUACCGGACAAUCAACAUUUUCAUCUGAAAUCAAUCAUAUUGCAUUUAUUCUUAAUUGUAUGACACCAAAUUCAUUGAUUAUUCUUGAUGAAAUUUGUUCAAGUACAUCAACAAAUGAAGGCCUUGCCUUGGCUACAAGUAUAACUGAAACAUUAUGUCGUUCAGAAGCAUUUUCUAUUAUAGCAACCCAUUUACAACACUUAACAUCUGUUGGUUAUAUCUAUCGAAAUCUUGCUAAUUAUCAUUUUGAUGUUAUUUAUAAUGAUAAAAUUGGUAGUGAUACGGAUAGUGAUUCAAUACAUCGUUUACGUCGAUUUCAUCCACAAACAAUACUUGAUCAAUUAAAAGAACAAAAUUCAAUUAUUUAUUCAUAUACACUUCGACCGGGAAUAUGUAAAGAUCUUCAUUAUGGUAACAAAAAACAAAUAUUUUUUUUUCCUAAUAUUUCGACAGUAAAUUGUAUUUGGAAUUCUUUUUUUUUAGGUAUUGCUCUAGCUUCACAAAUUGAAGAUUUACAAACUGUUGUAGAAUUAGCUAAAUGUGUAGCAAAAUAUUAUAUUCGAAAGAAGGAGGUAUUAUAA